AUGGGGGCUGUGGGACAGGACGGGGUGCUGGCACCCCUGCACUCACAGCCUGCCUGCAGCGUGCCCCCCGGCUGGACCCAUGCCGGCCGUGUGAGCCCCGGCCAUGACGUGCAGCUGACUUUCGCCCUGCGGCAACGUGGCGUGGGGCACCUCGCCCAGCUCGUGGAGGCCAUCUCAGAUCCCCGCUCGCCACAAUAUGGCAGGUACCUGCCCCUGGAGCAGCUGCGGGACCUUGUUCAGCCAUCCACGGCCACACUCAUGACAGUGCUGAAGUGGCUGCAAGGUCACGGGGGCGAGCGGUGCCAGAGCGUUGCCACCCUUGAUUUCCUGGAGUGCCGCAUGCCCACGCGCACGGCCGAGAGUCUCCUGCCAGGGGCUGAGCUCCACCGCUACGUGAAGGGACAGGUCAGCGUCGUGCGCUCCCCGCACCCCUACGCUGUCCCUGAGGAGCUGGCUGAGCACCUUGACUUUGUGGGCGGCCUGCACCGGUUCCCCGCGGAGAGGAAGGUGGUGGGCAGAGCCUGGGCGCAGAGGGGCGCGGAGCCGGGACGGCAGCGUGGAGGCAGAGCGGGGUUCCACCUGGGCGUGACGCCGGCCGUGCUCCGCAAGAGAUACAACAUGACGGCCGGAGACGUCGGGCUGCUGCCCAACAACAGCCAGGCCUGCGCACAGUUCUUGGAGCAGUAUUUCCACCAAGCCGACGUGGCUGAGUUCAUGCAGCUCUUUGGCAGCAGCUUCGCGCACCGCUCUCAGGUUGACCAGGUGGUCGGGCACCAGGGCAAGGGCAAGGCCGGGCUGGAGGCCAGUCUGGAUGUGGAGUACAUCAUGAGCACGGGCGCCAAUAUCUCCACGUGGGUGUUCAGCAAUGCAGGGAGGCAUGAGAGCCAGGAGCCCUUCCUGGCCUGGCUGCUGCUGCUCAGCAACAUGUCCUCGCUGCCCUGGGUGCACUCGGUCAGCUACGGGGACGACGAGGACAGCCUGUCGCGGGCCUACAUGGAGCGGGUCAACGUCGAGUUCAUGAAGGCGGCUGCCCGGGGCCUGACCAUCCUGUUUGCCUCCGGUGACGAUGGUGCUGGCUGCAGAAAGGUGCCCAGUGGGAACCACACCUUCCGGCCCAGCUUUCCAGCCUCCAGUCCCUACGUCACCACCGUGGGUGGAACCUCCUUCAAGAACCCCUUCCUGGUGACUGCCGAGGUGACCGACUACAUCAGCGGGGGAGGCUUCAGCAAC